CUUCCAAAUCCAAGAACUUGCAGAGCUCGCAGAAGAGCAAUUCCCUGCUCUUCUUCAUUGCCUCCUCUUUCUGGGCCAUAUUGGUGUUUAUCCUCGACACUUGCAUCGCAAAAUCUGAGGCAAGAUUGGAAUCGCCAGCGCUGCUUUUGUUCCUGGUGCAGAGGAUUUGGGUUCUGGGCCUGCUGUUGUAGGGUAAGUGGUUACCGCUGGGAAGGGGCCAAGCUUGGAGCUUUACUUGUUGGAGGAGUGGGUUUGGACGACAUUGAUGGAUUCUCAAGGCCAUACUGAAGAAUAGGGUGGAACUCGCUGAGUGAGAAUUUCAGACUUUGAGUUGAGAGUUUUGGAAGGCUUUUCCUACAUUCCCACCGCACGCGUGGCUUUAUUAGGGAUUAUCUUUUUUUUUCUCCCUAUUCAUUAAAAUAAAAUGGUCGAAAUAAUAAUGGAUCCUGCGGAGAGUUCACAGAUGGUGGAUCCAAAUCAACAAUGCAACCAAAGCUUCUUCAAACCCUUCCGUAUUUAGUCUUCAUCUCCAUCCUCCUCCUCUAUCUGUACUCUUUUGCUCUCAGUCCUUACUCGUUGCCAUCUUCUGCUUCCAACUCCGCUUCGCAUCUUUCAUCAUCGCAGUCCUGCAAUCUCUUCAACGGGAGCUGGGUUCUGCCCUCCGACCGCCCGAGACCUUUCUACGAUGACUCCUGCCCUUUCCACAGAAACGCCUGGAACUGCAUUAGGAACAACCGAGAGAACAUGGAUCUCAUCAGUUCCUGGCAAUGGGUGCCUCAAGAUUGCGAAUUGCCUCGGAUCGAUCCGGAGAGGUUUCUGGGUUUCAUGAGGAAUAAGAAGAUUGGGUUUAUUGGGGAUUCGUUGAAUGAGAACUUUCUGGUCUCAUUUCUGUGUAUUCUUAGAGUGGCUGAUAAUGGCGCUAGGAAGUGGAAGAAGAAGGGGGCAUGGCGCGGUGCUUAUUUCCCCAAGUUCAACGUCGUUGUUGCCUAUCACCGUUCAGUGCUGCUUGCUAAAUUUAACCAAAAGGGUAUGCAUCUGACCAAUGAGGGAGUGAAGGGAACUCAUCGAGUAGACAUUGAUGUACCCGGGGACGAGUGGGCCAACAUUACUAGCUUUUAUGACGUCCUCAUUUUCAACACAGGACAUUGGUGGAGUUAUGCUAAAUUCCCAAAGGAGGCACCUCUUGUUUUUUACCGUGGAGGGCAACCAGUGUAUCCCCCUCUUGGGUUGGUUGACGGGCUGAAGAUUGUUCUCGAGAACAUGGUUUCGUAUAUUGAACAACAAGUUCCAAAGAAGACGGUCAAGUUUUGGCGCCUACAAUCGCCGAGGCAUUUUUAUGGCGGUGAAUGGAAUCAGAAUGGAAGUUGCUUGUUCACCAAACCCCUCAGGGAGAAUGAGCUUGAUACUUGGUUUAACCCCGAAAGGAAUGGAGUGAACCGGGAAGCAAGACAAAUCAAUCGGGUAAUCGAGGAUACACUGGAAGGCAGGGACAUAAAGUUGCUGGAUUUGACACAUCUGAGUGAGUUCCGAGCGGAUGCCCACCCAGCGAUUUGGCUUGGGAAGAAAGACGCUGUGGCAGUUUGGGGUCAGGACUGCAUGCAUUGGUGUCUGCCUGGCGUCCCAGACACUUGGGUCGAUAUACUGUCGAAGCUGAUCUAUGAUAAUCUGGAACCAGCAGUUGGAUGAAAGAAACUCUUGUGGAGAUAUGUCAUUCAAUUUUGUAGGUAGGUCCUUCACACCCCGGCACAUUGAUUGCACCAACGAGAGCUCUCAAUAUUUUUCAUGGUGCUGUUACGAAAGCUUGAAUUUCAAUGAGGAAUCAGGCAAAUCAUAUUCGACAUAGACGGAUAUAAAUCAUAUGCAUCAGAGUUAUUCAGCGAAUAUGUUGAUUCGGGUUUCCUCAUGUUGUCUUUCGGAUAUGUUUGUAAUUUCUGGAACUGUUUCAUUUGGUAGAUGUUUUUUCGAGGGACCUCAUUGUGCAUUGCUACUACAUAAUUCAAUCUCUUUCCUCUAUUAAAUUUGUAAAAAGUGUCUAGCCUGAACAAUCACCAGCCAUACCCGUAUACCAAGCUUGUCCAGAAAUCAUAUCCAAC